AUGUGCUUGUAGUACUCAUCGUCCUGAUGUCACACAGGCACAGCAAGGACAUCACAAGGAGGAGUCAGAUUACAGUAAGAAUGGGCAGUGCAGCAUGCAGCCAGAGUCAAUGCUAAGGCAGAGAGGGAUUGUAUCAGGGAGAAGGCUGCUUUCCAAGCCCUGAUCCCAAGGAGGCUCCUCGCUCGCUCGCUCGCUCUCCGAGGCUGGGAAAUUUCCACAGCAUGUAGAAUGAACGGGGCUCGCUCUGCUUUGCCUAGCAGCCGGCGGCGGGAGCUCGUGCUGAACGGCACAGCGCGGUGGGAUCCCGACUGCAUGAUUCAUGAGAAACAUCAUGUAUUUUGGAGGUACAUGCCAGAGCCCUGCUCUUCCAGCCCUGGUACGUCCUCCAGCCGCACCCUUGCAGACUUCGCUGGAUCUCAAACCUUUUCUUCCAUUCCCCCUGGACACUGCAGCAGCCGUCAACCUCUUCCCCAACUUCAAUGCAUUUCAGAACAAGAACAUGCACAUCUCUUGGCCACAGUUCUGCAACUCAGUUAUGUCCAAAAAAGUGCCAGGGCUGGCUCUGGGUAGAGAAGAUUCAAAAGAGGUAGGGGCUAACUUUGGAAGUCUACUGAUUGGAGAAAUGGACCCAAUUCAAAAAGCUGUAAUAAAUCAUACGUUUGGGGUUCCUCUUCCUCACAGAAGAAAACAAAUCAUAUCGUGCAACAUUUGCCAGUUGAGAUUUAAUUCGGAUAGCCAGGCUGCGGCCCACUACAAAGGCACUAAACAUGCCAAGAAGCUCAAAGCACUGGAAGCCAUGAAAAAUAAGCAGAAAUCUGUAACUACCAAGGACAGCGCAAAGACUACCUUCACUUCCAUCACUACCAAUACCAUCAAUACCAGCUCUGACAAAACAGAAAAUACAACAGAGGCACCAGCAAUAUCAACAACCACAAUGGUUGAAGUUCAGAAGAGCAGCAUCACGACCACUGAAAUCACCUCUAAAGUGGAAAAACUUCCCACCCCCACCACUAGCAGCAACGCAUGCUCCUUAGGAGAGACAGAGGAAGAGAAGGCCAAACGGCUGCUUUACUGUUCACUAUGCAAGGUGGCUGUCAACUCCGCCUCACAGUUGGAGGCGCACAACAGUGGCACAAAGCACAAAACUAUGCUAGAAGCUCGAAACGGGAGUGGAACCAUCAAAGCCUUUCCCAGGGCAGGCGUCAAAGGGAAAGGACCUGUUAAUAAAGGAAACACGGGACUUCAGAACAAAACAUUUCACUGUGAAAUUUGCGAUGUGCAUGUAAACUCUGAGACACAACUUAAACAGCACAUAAGCAGUAGAAGGCACAAAGACAGAGCUGCUGGGAAGCCCCCCAAACCCAAAUACAGUCCCUACAACAAACUCCAGAAGGGAACACACCCACUUGGGGUAAAACUAGUAUUUUCAAAGGAACCUUCCAAGCCAAUGGCUCCACGGAUCCUCCCAAACCCGCUUGCAGCAGCUGCAGCAGCUGCUGCUGUGGCUGUAAAUGCCCCUUUCAGUCUUCGAACAGCCCCACCAGCCACCCUCUUUCAGACUUCUGCACUUCCUCCGGCACUUCUGCGACCGGCCCCGGGGCCUAUACGGACCACCCACACACCUGUCCUGUUUGCUCCAUACUGAACUUCAUCGAGGAAACGACUUGUACUGCAAUAAUUUUUCAGAGCAAAAGCAAAACCAGAACAAUGAACUAUGCAGUGUUAAUUUAUAGUUUAAAGUAAAAAGAAAUUAUAAAUAUAUAAAUAUAUAUAUAAAUAUAUAUAUAAAUGAAGAGCUAGGACUUUUGAUAGAAACCUGAACAAAUUCUAAAGAGGGGAAAGAGGCAGUAUUUCCUCCAAAUGGGUAUUCUUCUUGAAUACUGACCAUUUUAGAAGUGAUCCUGCAAUAUUGAUU